AGAAAAUUGAUGCAACAAUUACUAUUAUAUGAUGAUGAAGUAUAUCAUUUAUUAUUAUUUAUUGACUGCGCUACAGUCCUUUUCUCUUUUCUUUAAAUUUCUACUUUAAUAGUUAUUUUUAUCAUUUAUUUAUUUUUUAUGAGAGAUAUCUUGGAAGCAAAUAAUAGAGUGUCUGAUUCCAAUGGAAAUGAAGCUGUUAGUAAUGAACUUGAACAACUUGGAGUUGAUUUAGUUGAUCAAAAUGAAUUAGAAAAGUCACUUAUGGAAAAGGCAGACGAAGCCUUAACUAAGAGAGAGGAUGAAUUGGAUCAAAAAAGACUUGAUAAGGCCAUUAAAGAAAUCGAAUCCGCACAAAAGCAACUCGAAAGUUUAAAAAUAAAAUUAAAAGAGGCUACAGAUAAAGAAAAAAUAUUACCGAAAAUUAAUCAACAAGCAAAGAGAUUAAGGGAAGCUAUUCAAGAUAAAAAGGAUAUAAUGAAUAGGUUAAAAGAACGUGAGAGAGAGCGUACGAUGACUGCAGAUCAAAAGCAAUUAAAUGAAUCACAAAGAGAUUUUUUAAUUAGAACUGGUAAAAUGACUCCCUUUGAUAAUGUAUCUAAAAUACAAGAGGCAAGUCAUUCUCAGCCUGUGAUUUAUCCUGGUACAAGUCAUAGUGAUCCUAUCAUGUCACAUCAGAAUUUAAUUACACCAAGUCAUAAAGCAUUAGAACAGCAGCAGCAGCAGCAGCAGCAGCAGUCAACUACAGAUGUCGGAUCAAAACGAAAGCUAAGAACAGUAAAUGACGAUGAUGACUAUCAACAUACAGAAGAGGAUGAAAGUGAAGAGGAAUUGACAGAUGAAGAUAGACUUGAUUUCUCAAAGAAAAAAGACUUGAUAAGAAAACAAUUAGAUGAAAUAGAUAAUGACGAUGGAUCAGAAACAAAUUAUAGAAAACGAUUAAACGAUUGGGUACAAAAUAGACACAUUCUGCGAUAUAGAACAACGCAUGAUGAUACUGCACAGUUAUCUAUAGAAGAGACGAUAGAAAGAUUGAAAAUAGAAAAUUUAAAUGGAAAUGAAGAAGAACAGUUUAAAUCGCAUCCUAAUUUUCAAGAUAUCCAAUUUGAUCAUGGUUUAAGAGUUCCUGGUGAACUAUGGGAUUGCUUAUUUGAUUAUCAAAAAACAUGUGUUCAAUGGCUAUGGGAACUUCAUCGUCAACAAGUGGGUGGAAUUUUAGGUGAUGAGAUGGGUCUUGGCAAAACAAUUCAAAUUGUGUCAUUUUUAUCAAGUUUAUAUUAUUCUAAAAUUCUUGGUCCCGGUCAGCCUUCAAUCGUUAUUUGUCCUGCUACAGUAAUGAAGCAAUGGGUUCAAGAGUUCCAUAAAUGGUGGCCUCCUCUUAGAGUGGCUAUAUUACAUUCAAGUGGUGCGGGUGUAAGAAUAUCUACUUUAGCAGAUGAAAAUGAUUCAAUUCAAAGUGAUUUUGAUAACAUGGAUUAUGACGAUGAUAAUGGCAGUUAUUCAGACAAGUAUAAAUAUUCAUCAAAUGAUGAAUAUGAGCCUGAUCGUAGAGGGAAGAAGGCGAAAGGAGUAAAAAAGAAGAAAGGCAAAUCUAUAGCUAAAAGUAUUUUAUUUACAAAGGUGGGUAAAAACGCGGCUGCUCUAGUUGAUCGAUAUAUUAGAUAUGGUGGUAUUUUGAUUACUACCUACAGUGGUGUACAAAGCUAUCGUGAAAUCUUAUUAAGACAUCAAUGGGGUUAUGUUAUUUUAGAUGAAGGUCAUAAAAUUAGAAAUCCUGAUUCAAGCACUACAUUAGCUAUUAAGCAAUUUAAGACUCCUCAUAGAAUAAUCUUAUCAGGUACACCUAUUCAAAAUAAUUUAAAAGAAUUAUGGUCUUUAUUUGAUUUCAUAUUUCCCGGUAGGCUUGGUACCUUGCCUGUCUUUCAAACACAAUUCUCGGUGCCAAUUAGUAUUGGUGGAUAUGCAAAUGCAACAAAUAUGCAAGUACAAACUGCUUACAAAUGUGCUUGUAUGCUCAGAGACUUGAUCAAUCCAUAUCUUCUUCGUCGUAUGAAAGUGGAUGUAGCCGCUGAUCUACCAAAAAAGAAUGAACAAGUUCUAUUUUGUAAACUCACAAAGCCUCAACGACAAGCUUAUUUAAAAUUUAUUCAUUCAAAGGACAUGGAUGCUAUUCUUGAACGUCGACGUCAGGUACUUUAUGGCAUUGAUAUAGUACGAAAAAUUUGUAAUCACCCUGAUCUAGUAGACUUGACUUUACCUAAUACAGAUCCUGACUACGGAAACCCUGAAAGAAGUGGUAAGAUGAUAGUUGUACAAGCCUUAUUAAAAAUGUGGAAACAGCAACACCAUCGAGUUUUACUUUUUUGCCAAACAAGGCAAAUGCUAGAUAUCUUGGAGAUAAUGAUAAGACAUACAAAAUACAAUUACUCAAGAAUGGAUGGAACAACGCCUAUUGAACAACGAAUUGCACUAGUAAAUGAAUUUAAUCGGACACCACAUAUCUUUAUCUUUUUGUUAACAACAAAAGUGGGUGGCCUAGGGUUAAAUUUGACUGGAGCUGAUAGAGUCAUUUUGUUUGAUCCAGAUUGGAAUCCUUCCACUGAUGUUCAAGCACGAGAGAGAGCUUGGCGUUUAGGACAGAAAAAGGAUGUUACUAUUUAUCGACUAAUGACAGGUGGAACAAUUGAAGAGAAAAUUUAUCAUCGACAAAUAUAUAAACAAUUCUUAACAAAUAAAAUUUUAAAAGAUCCAAAACAGAGAAGAUUUUUUGAUGCGAGUAACUUGCAAUCAUUAUUUACUCUUGCUUCAGAGGACGCAAUAGGGACCGAAACAGGUGAAUUAUUCAAAGGAACAGAAGUGAAUUUCCAAAGAGAAAGCUCCACAGCUAGGAAGAGGAAAAAGAAGAGAAAGAAUGAUGAUGAUGAAAGGCAAUUAAAUGCAAUCGAGGGUGUGAGUGGUUUAGUACAAUAUAUUGGAGAAAGACUAGAAGAAGAAGAAGAAGAAAGAAAGAAAGAAGAUGAAGGAAAAGAUGCUAAUGAAGAUAAUAUACUCAAAAGUUUAUUUGAAAUGACGGGUAUUCAAAGUGCUUUAAAACAUGAUCAAAUUAUGGAAUCUGCUUCUCAAGAUACUGUUUUCAUUGAAAGAGAAGCUACACUUAUUGCGGAACGAGCUGCUGCUGCUUUAAAAGAAUCGAGACGUCAACGCCGCCAAAUGGAUAUAGGCACUCCUACUUGGACUGGACGCUCAGGUGUAGCAGGUGCACCAAGACAGUUCCUUGAGAAUUGCACCGGUACACCUCCUCCAAGGUUUGGACCAAAAAACACAUUCUCUACAAACAGUGCCCCUGUCUCUCCAAAUCAGUUUGGCUCAGGUGCCAUUUCCGGAUUCAAAAGUACACAGAUGAGAGAAGGAGGACCAAAAAUAUCUUCAAGUGCUUUACUUGCUCGUAUGAGAGAAAGAAAAGCACUAGAGACAGGAGCUCCACUUCAUAAUUCACAAGUUACCUCUUUAUCAGAUAUAUCCAUAGCAGUUCUUGAUAAUGCUAAGCGUGAAGGAAUGAUUGUAAAAAUACGAGACUAUUUAUCUCAGCAUCAUGGUCGUGGUACAUCUCAAGAUAUUUUAAAUGCUCUAGAUAUUAACAUAAAUCAAGAACAAAUUAUCAUUUUCAGGAAAAUGUUGCAAGCAAUAGCCAAAUUUGAGAAAAAGGAAGUAGGCAAAGGUGAAUGGGUCUUAAAAGAAGACUAUUUAUAAUUAGAAAUAAAUAUGAAAUUUAGAUAUCUAUUUCAGGAA